AUGGUGACAACUCCCUCCUUGACCCACGCACCUGCCACUCGCUUCCUCCUCUUCGCCUCGAUAUCAUCCUCAAUCCUCACCUCUGUGCUAGACCUGAAGCACUACGCCUCGAUCAAGCCAACACCACACCUCUGGCCCUACCUCCAGUUCUCCCGACUCCUCACCUUCCAACUUGCCUACACCUCAGCCACCGAAGUCCUUGUCUCCGCCGCCCUCCUCUACCAAUUCCGAGUUCUCGAGCGAAUCUGGGGCAGUAGGAAAUAUGCUUCUUUCGUGCUGGUGACUUGGACGUGCCUCACCGUUCUCAUCCCACUGAUGACGUUGGUGUUGAAGCUGGGCACGUUUGGUGCGUACAAUUUCAUGCCUGCAGGGCUGGUGGGCAUUGUGUUCGCUUCGAUGGCUGCAUGGACGGAGGUGGUGCCCCGAUUGUACAGGUACAAGAUCCUCACAACCACGGCUGAGUCGCCAGACAACGCAGAUGCAAAGGGUGUAGUGUUCAGUGACAAGAGCAUGACGUAUCUGUUGGCCGCGCAAUUAGCGUUGAGCCAAUUCCCAUACCAAAUACUGCCCGCCGCGUUAGGUUGGAUCGUCGGGAGUGCAUGGAUGGGUGAGAUGCUACCCGCUGGCAUGGGCCGAUAUCGCGUACCUGGCUGGGUGGUAGGAGAAAGUAGAGGGAAGCAGGCAGGACAGUUUGAGGGCCUGAGAAGACGGCUCGAAGAAGAGGGUAGUAGGGACGGGAUGCGCAAUGUCACGAGCAGUGGCAUGGCCAUGCCAGAGGAAGAGCGCAGUGCCUUCUCGAGAUUCAGAGGCUAUUUCACUGGAUCGUAG